AUCCAAAAAAGGCGAUGGAUUCUCCGAUGUACAAUACAACAAAGCCUUUCUUCACCUUCGAAGGGCAUCCCUGUAAAUAUGAACCCUUCAGGGCUUCAACGCCACCAGCAACAACAAAAAAUAUUAAACCCAACCAACCAAUCAACGUGUGAACCAGGUGCACCGCCGCCCGCUCGAGCCACCAUCAAAACCAAAUUAAAAGACAAAAAGAACCUCCCCAACUAAGCUCCAGCACAGCACAUAAAACCCCAAACCAUUUCAGUUCAUAAUUCUCCAUCGUUGUCAUCGUCUCGCUUUCACUCGUCUUUGUUUCUUCAAUGGCCUCGCUAUCAGGCCUCUGCUCUUCUUCUCCUUCUUUGAAGCCCAAGCAUAACCGAAUCACGAAACUCACUCCUUCACUUCGCAAAGACUCGCUCGCAUUCUCAGCUCGUUCUGCCUCGAACUCUAAACUCGUCGCGGCUCACUCUGUCGCCCGUGAAAUAUCUGCCGAUUUGUCCAAAACGAACAACGUCGGAGUUUUGAAGCAGGCCAAGAAAGGAGGGCUUGAGAAAGAUCCUAAAGCGCUGUGGAGGAGGUACGUUGACUGGUUGUACCAGCACAAGGAGCUCGGGUUGUACCUCGAUGUGAGUAGGAUCGGGUUCUCGGAUGAGUUUGUUGCCGAAAUGGAGCCUCGAUUCCAGGCGGCGUUUAAGGCCAUGGAGGAAUUGGAAAAAGGUGCCAUCGCGAAUCCCGAUGAAGGACGUAUGGUGGGCCACUAUUGGUUGAGGAACGCGAAACUGGCGCCAAGUUCGUUUUUGCGGGUACAGAUUGAGAACACUCUAGACGCCGUUUGCAAGUUCGCUGAUGACGUCAUCAGCGGUAAGAUUAAACCUCCGUCUUCUCCAGAGGGUCGUUUUACUCAAAUACUUUCAGUUGGGAUUGGCGGUUCGGCUCUGGGCCCACAAUUUGUCGCGGAGGCAUUGGCUCCUGAUAAUCCUCCUCUAAAGAUAAGAUUCAUUGAUAAUACAGAUCCUGCUGGAAUAGAUCAUCAGAUUGCACAGCUUGGCUCCGAGCUGGCUUCUACACUUGUAAUUGUUAUUUCAAAGAGUGGAGGUACCCCUGAAACAAGAAAUGGUCUGUUGGAAGUACAGAAAGCCUUCCGUGAAGCUGGUCUGGAAUUUGCAAAACAGGGUGUUGCUAUAACACAAGAAAAUUCUUUGUUAGACAACACGGCUAGGAUUGAGGGUUGGGUAGCCAGAUUCCCUAUGUUUGACUGGGUUGGCGGCAGGACAUCUGAAAUGUCUGCAGUUGGCCUACUUCCAGCAGCACUUCAGGGAAUUGACAUAAGAGAAAUGCUUGUUGGUGCAUCUAUGAUGGAUGAGGCAACUAGGUGCACAGAGCUUAAAAAUAAUCCUGCAGCAUUGCUUGCUUUAUGUUGGUAUUGGGCGACUGAUGGGAUUGGAUCUAAGGAUAUGGUUGUCCUUCCUUACAAGGACAGCUUAUUACUAUUUAGUAGGUAUUUACAGCAGCUGGUUAUGGAAUCACUUGGCAAGGAGUUUGACCUGGAUGGUAACCGGGUGAAUCAAGGAAUUACUGUUUACGGGAAUAAAGGGAGCACAGAUCAGCAUGCCUAUAUUCAACAACUGAGGGAGGGUGUGCACAAUUUCUUUGUGACAUUCAUUGAAGUGCUACGUGAUAGACCUCCUGGUCAUGAUUGGGAGCUUGAACCAGGUGUUACAUGUGGUGACUACCUAUUUGGAAUGCUACAGGGAACAAGAUCAGCUCUGUAUGCAAAUAACCGCGAGUCCAUCACUGUUACUGUCCAAGAGGUGACAAGCAGGUCUGUUGGGGCUCUCAUAGCAUUUUAUGAACGAGCAGUUGGAAUUUAUGCCGCGCUUACUAAUAUUAAUGCUUACCAUCAACCUGGUGUGGAAGCUGGGAAAAAGGCUGCUGGUGAAGUAUUAGCUCUACAGAAGCGAGUUUUAGCAGUACUCAAUGAGGCCAGCUGUAAGGAACCUGUUGAGCCAUUGACACUUGAAGAAGUGGCCGAUCGUUGCCAUGCUCCUGAACAUAUUGAAAUGAUCUACAAAAUCAUUGAGCACAUGGCUGCCAAUGACAGAGCACUAAUUGCCGAAGGUAAUUGUGGUUCACCACAUAGCUUAAAGGUUUUCCUCGGGGAGUGUAAUGUGGAUGAAAUGUAUGCUUAAGUUGGCGCAACGAAAUUCAUGUUUCAGAUUUUAUGUUGUGCUUUCGGUAGAGAAAAAGAAAGCUUCAAUAAAAUUGGUUUGCCAUGUAUCUCAUUUUUCCUGGGAACCAGGUAGUACCUCUUGUAACAUUGUUGAGUUAGAAAUAAAUUUCCAGUCGCCCUUGUUUAUGAGCAAAA